UGCCCAGUUUCAACGGAUUUUUUAGCGAAACGAACAGGAUCAAAUUCAGGAAUAUUGUUUAACUACAGUGACCUUUGGAACUGCGUCGGCUCCAUAUACGGCCAUCAGGAUUAUGCAUCAACUAGCUCAGGAUGAAAGUGUGAGAUAUCCAUUGGCACAACAUGUACUGCAAAAGGAAAUAUAUGUGGACGACGUUCAAAGUGGUCAUGACACCGUUGAUGGAGCCAUCAAAAUUCGAGAGGAUCUAAUUGCUGCACUUCAAUCCGCUGGCAUGUGUCUCAGGAAAUGGGCAUCUAAUCAUCCUGACUUGCUGGUUAACAUUGCGCAAGAACAUAUGUCGAAUUCAACCAUUUUAGAAGUCGACAAUCAUGAUUCAAUAAAAACACUUGUGGCCCGGUUGUACGAUCCAUUAGGAUUUAUUGUGCCAGUUAUCACAACUGCCAAAGCAAUUCUGAAGGACGUCUGGAGUGUUCGUAUUGAACGUACUGCUGGAGUUUCCUCGCCAUUAGAGUGGGACGAAACACUUCCUCUAGAUUUACGAGAACGCUGGAACGAUUAUAUCACGAGAUUACCAGAUGUCGAGGCAAUCCAAGUACCUCGGUGGUUAAUGUUCAACGUAGCAGUCUAAAAUCUCUUCAACUCCAUGUAUUUAGUGACGGAUCGACCAUUGCAUAUGCUGCGUGUGCGUAUCUCAGAGUUCAAUGGAUGGAUGAUACUGUACAUACUCAUUUACUUACUGCACGUAGUCGCGUUACACCCACGAAGCCAAUGACAAUUCCGAGAGUGGAGCUUUCUGGUGCCCUGUUAGCCACCCAGCUGGCAAAGUGGUGCUGCCAACAGCUACAUUUCCAAGACCAAGCAAUGUCGCUUCAUUUUUGGUCCGAUGCAAUGAUCAUACUGUACUGGAUUAAUGGAGAUCCAAUGCGCUUGAAGACUUUUGCUGCCAAUC